GCGGAAGACAAUUUGGGUUUUUAUCAGACGUAAACAAAUGUAAACGAAACCAUAUUUUAACCAAAACAAUCAGACAUGUGCUGUUGGUUUAGUGUGAUAUUUAACAUAUUUCUCGUCUUCGCCGUUUGUAUGUCCCUUUUCGUAACCCACGGAAUCGCCGGAAAAAUGAAGAUAGUCGAGGCGCCGAAUACAUUUGGGGUGAACAACAAUUUUCUAUCUCAGGGAAGCAGACUGCAGGCUAAAGUGCUUCCAUCACCAGUGUCUGGUCCUUCACACCUUUCUCAUCUGGCUGGAAGGUGUUUUAGCCUUACAGAGUCAGUGUACAGAUACGAGUUCUGUCCAUUUCACAACAUCACCCAACACGAACAGUCAUUCCGGUGGAACGCUUACAGCGGGAUCCUGGGGAUCUGGCAUGAGUGGGAAAUAGCAAACAACACUUUUGCGGGCAUGUGGAUGAGAGACGGAGACACUUGCGGCACCAGAAACAGAGAAGCGAAGGUGAUUUUCACCUGCAGCAAGCAAAGCAAGCUUGCGCGAGUCUCCGAGCCGAGUACUUGUGUGUACUCGCUAACGUUUGAGACGCCGCUUGUUUGCCACCCGCAUUCUCUUUUAGUGUACCCGACCCUGAAUGAGAAGCUGCAAAAGGAAUGGGAUGAAGCGGAGCAGGCUCGCUACGAAGGUCUGAUCACUGAGCAGGGAUAUGAAAAUCUCCUAAAGGAGAUCUUCCAGGAUGCCGGCUUCCUGAAGAGUCCAAAAAUCGCAAAGCCGCCCCAAGCUUUAGCCGAAACAGAAAUGCACAACUCUUUACAGAAAUGCAAUGAGGAUUUUCAACAACAGCAAGAAGAACUCCAGAGACUGCGAGCCCUGCUCACCCGUCACAAUAUUCCCUUUGAUACAAAACCAGAUGAGACGAAAGGUGGCAGCCAGACGAUGACGGCGGCGACACGGCAUUUACGCGGAGACGUCGGCCUUUUCGACAUCACCGGUCAGCGCUGAAAAGUAGCGGCACGCGGCGAAAGAAACGGAAUUUUCACGGACCUACUCCUGUUCCAUCUUAGACGGCAGGUUUCGUUUGGAAAAUGCAGUUUGGGAGGAGUUUGACGAUGAACUGGAUAGUGAGGAAAAAACAAAAUUAAAAUGUGCAUUUUUAAAUGUCAAUUCAAUUUUUUUUUUUUAGGGGAAUGUGAAAUUGUUCUGAACGAGCGGAACGGUUUGAAGCUGAAAUGCUUGGAAUUUGUUGACGAGUGUGGAUUGAUAAAUUUAUAAACGGUACUUUUCAUUUCAAUGGAAAUGUGGGGAAAUAUACAUCCCAACAAAAUUUGAAUUCCGUGAAUGUGAAGUUUGAAGUGCUUGAGAAACGUGGAAGGAUUACUUCAACUUGUCAAAAUUUUGUCGUUUUAAGAUUUUUUUUUUUUCAUGGACAAAUUUGGAAU